CCCAACACACACCCAGAAAAUGGAGGAAACACAGAAAGAAUCCAUCAAAUCUGCAUCCGAAGAGAUCUCCAAAGAAUUCAAAACCCUAAUCAAUUCUCAGGAUUUGGAUUCUUUGAAGCAAUUGCAAAACCUCAUAUUGGGACGUUUGCAGGACAGCAAUGCAGUUCUUUCGCACUUCAAUGAGUAUUCAGAGCAUUGUUUCACAGAGGUCUCGGCAGAUUUCUCUAGAAAUACACGUCUCUUAAAAUCUAUGAAGUCAGACCUUGAUUACAUAUUUCAGAAGUUGAGGUAUGGCCAUCCUUUUCGUCCUCUUAUUAUCCUCUUCUUU